AUGGCCAUUGUAUUGAGAUUUGUUGAUAAAAAUGGUUUGCUUAAAGAACGAUUUUUUGGAGUUGUAGGCGUUAAAGACACCACUACCUUAACUCUUAAAAAAGAAAUAUCAGAUGUCCUUACUCUUUAUGAUCUCCAAAUUGAUGAUAUGCGAGGCCAAUGGUAUGAUAGAGCGAGUAAUAUGCGUGGGGCGUGGAAUGGAUUACAAGCGUUGUUUCUUAAAGAAUGUCCAUAUGCAUAUUAUGUACACUGCUUUGCUCACCAACUACAACUAGCAUUAGUUGCUGCAUCCAAAGAUGUUGCUUCUCCUAAGCGUCAUAGCGAGUUACAAUCAACUCAAGUGAUUUUAUUUGCUAAUAAGUUGGCUACUGGUGAACUUGAGAAUGGUAAAGGAGCUAAUCAGAUUAAGACUUUGCAACGAGCAAGUGCCACUCGAUGGAGCUCUCAUUUUGGUUCUAUUAAUAGCUUGAUAGACUUAUUUGGUCCAUCUCGUGUAAUUAUUGAAAAUCUUUCAAAGAAUGGACCAACUAAUUCUAUAGGUGGGGAUGCAAAAGGUGUUUAUCUUCCAAUGCUUUCAUUUGAAUUGGUUUUUAUCUUGCAUUUGUUGCCUGAGAUGAUGGAAAUUACUGAUAUACUUUGUCAAGCAUUGCAACGAAAAACUCAAGACAUUAUAAAUGCUAUGAACCUAGUUUCAAGUACAAAUGCACUCCUUCAAAAUUUGAGAGAAAAUGGGUGGCAUACUUUCUUUCAAAAUGUGGAAUCAUUUUGUAAAGAACAUAACAUUGUAGUACUUGAUAUGAGUGCUUUGUUAUAUGAUUUUCAACUGAUGGAGUUAAAUCAGAGAUUCUCUGAAAGUACAGUAGAACUCCUUAUUCUUGGCACAGCUUUGGAUCCUAAAGAUGCUUAUAAAACAAUUAAAGUUGAUGAUAUUUGCGAUCUUGUAGGGAAAUUUUAUCCUAAGGAUUUUCAAGAUGAGAUGCAUGCUUUGAAAAGCCAGUUGGAGCAUUAUAAGAUUGAUAUACUCUAUCAUCCGAGUUUUCAGAAUUUGUUCACCAUUUCUAAUUUAUGCAAAAUGCUAGCUAAAACAAGAAAGAGAGAAACUUAUUAUCUGAUUGAUAAAUUGAUUGGUCUCAUAUUGACUCUUCCUGUUUCUACAACAACAACAGAACGAGCUUUUUCGGCAAUGAGGCGUGUCAAAACUAAACUUCGCAACGAGAUGGCUGAUGAAUUUCUUGCAGAUUGCAUGAUUCUCAACAUUGAAAGAGAACUUGCUGAAGAUAUUGAUAUAGAUUCGGUAGUUAAUGAAUUUGACUCUUUUAAAGAUCGGAGGGUUCAUCUUCAGUAA